GUGGCCCGGGCGCUGCAGGCCGGUGAGAGCGUCCAGCCGGAGCGGUACGAGUGUGUCUCCAUAUUCUUUUCUGACGUGGUGGGCUACACGGACUUGUGCGGGCAGCUGCAGCCGGGCGAGGUGAUGGACCUGGUGCACCGCCUCUACUCGCGAUUUGAUGACCUCAUUCGGGAGUUGAGGCUCUUCAAGGUGGAGACUGUGGGCGACGCCUACCUGGCCGUCGGCAACUUGCGGUGGCCGCAGCCUGACGACCACGCUCGCCUCAUGGCCCAGUUUGCUUUCGCUGCCGUACGCGCCGCCAACUCGUUGCCCGUACACCCUGACCGUCCGGAGCUGGGCACCGUGCAUGUGCGUGUGGGGCUGCAUUGCGGGCCCGUGGUGGGUUCCGUCGUGGGAACCCUGAACCGGCGCUAUUGCUUGUUCGGGGAUGCGGUCAACACGGCGGCACGCAUGGAG